AUGCUAAAACUUGGGCUUGCAGUUUUUACAGGAGGUUAUUUAUCGGCAUCCUUGAUUCUUUUGCACAAUCCCUGUUUAGUUCACAAGAAAAAGAAAGUAUUAUUUUCAUGUCAGCACAUUAGCCAUCGUGGAGGGGCUGGAGAAAAUUUAGAAAAUACUUUAACAGCUUUUCGUCAUGCAAUAGAAGUUGGGACACAGAUGCUAGAAUUAGAUGUUCACUUGACAGCAGAUGGUCAGGUUGUUGUAUCUCACGAUAAUAAUUUAAAAAGAUUAACUGGUGUUGAUGCAAAUAUUUCAGACUUGAACUUUAAUGAUCUUCCUCCUUUGUUGCACCAAAUUCCUGUUACAUUUAGUCACCACGAUGUUUCAAUAUGUAAUAAUAAUGACCAAGAAUUUGAAAGAAAAAAUUUGGUAGCAAUUGGUAAUGCAAGCAAAAAAGUUGCUAACUGUGUUUAUAAUCAAGACCCAAACAUACACUUAGUGUUUUCAAAAGAAAGAUGUUUAACUCUUAUAGUUUUGUUUUAUAUUGGAUUACUGCCAUUUGUACCUCUUAAAGAAUGUUUUCUUGAAUUGCCAUAUCCACCUAGUAUUUUGAAACGUGCAGAUUUAAGUUUAACUGAACGCAUUCUAUUAAAAAUUACAGAUUGGUUGCUUAUUCGGCCUGUAAUAUUUCAACACUUACAAAAGCGUGGUAUACAAGUUUACUUAUGGGUAGUAAAUGAUGAAAAAGAUUUUGACGAUUGUUUCAAUCAAUUAAAAGUUGAUGGUGUAAUGACAGACUACCCAACAAAACUGACAACAUAUCUUAAAAAGCUGAAAAAUAUAUAA